ACACUGACAGCAUCCGGCGGUUACAGGAGCAAAAUAGUUUCUUUGGUUCGCAGAAAAGCCGGCAGCGAUCCGAGCCAUGCUCGCAGCGGUGGGCUCGCUGGCGACCGCCUUCUGGGCUGCGUUCCAUGCCCGGACUCUGCUGCUGGGUGCUGUCGCCUUUCUGUUCUUUGCUGAUUUCUUCAAAAGGCGGCGCCCAAAGAACUACCCGCCGGGACCCUGGCCCCUGCCCUUGUUUGGCAACUUCUUUCAUGUGGACUUUGAGAAUUCGCACGUGGCAGUUCAGCUGUUGGUGAAAAAAUAUGGGAAUAUUCUUAGCCUGGAUUUUGGCAACCUGUCUUCAGUGCUCAUAACUGGACUGCCCUUAAUCAAAGAAGUCCUUUCUAACACAGACCAAUACUUUGUGAACCGCCCUCUAACCCCUCUCCGAGCACGUAUCUUUGGGAAAAAUGGAUUGAUCAUGUCCAAUGGCCAAAUAUGGAAGGAACAAAGAAGAUUUACCCUGACAACAUUAAGGAAUUUUGGUUUAGGACGGAAGAGCCUAGAGGAACGCAUCCAGGAGGAGGCCUACCACCUUAUAGAGGCAAUCAAAGAGGAGAAUGGACAGCCUUUCAACCCUCACUUCAAGAUCAACAACGCAGUUUCAAACAUCAUUUGUUCCAUCACCUUUGGGGAGCGCUUUGAGUACCAUAAUGCCCAGUUCCAGGAGCUGCUGAAGUUACUGGAUGAGGUCACAUGUCUGGAGGCUUCAAAAUGCUGCCAACUCUACGGUAUCUUUCCAUGGAUAAUGAAAUUCCUUCCUGGCCCUCAUCAAACUGUCUUCAGCAACUGGGAUAAGCUGAAACUGUUUGUUUCUCGUGAAGUUGAAAAGCACAAGAAAGAUUGGAAUCCUGACGAGUCAAGAGACUUUAUUGAUGCUUAUCUCAAGGAAAUUGAGAAGUACACAGGCAAGAAUGCUUCAAGUUUCCAUGAAGAGAACCUCAUCUGCAGCACCCUGGACCUCUUCUUUGCUGGAACUGAGACAACUUCCACAACGCUGCGCUGGGGUCUGCUUUACUUGGCCCUCUACCCAGAAGUCCAAGAAAAAGUACAUGCUGAGAUUGACAGAGUGCUGGGCCCAUGGCAGCAGCCAAGCAUGGCUGCCCGAGAGUCCAUGCCCUACACCAAUGCUGUCAUCCACGAGGUGCAGAGAAUGGGCAACAUCAUCCCCCUGAACGUCCCCAGAGAAGUGGUGGCUGAUACCACUCUGGCUGGAUACUACCUGCCAAAGGGGACGAUGAUCCUGACCAAUUUGACUGCAUUACACAAGGACCCCACCGAGUGGGCCACCCCUGAUACAUUCAAUCCUGAGCAUUUUUUGGAGAAUGGACAGUUUAAGAAAAGAGAAGCCUUCUUGCCUUUCUCAAUGGGAAAACGCGCAUGCCUUGGAGAACAGUUGGCCAAGUCUGAGCUGUUUAUUUUUUUCACUUCCCUUGCACAAAAAUUUACCUUCAAGCCCCCAGACAAUGAGAAAUUGAGCCUGAAGUUCAGAAUGGGCCUCACCGUCUCCCCAGUCAGCCACCGCAUCUGUGCUAUCCCUAGGGAAUGAUGCUAUUGGAGAAGGGAGGGGAAAGAGCAAGAAAAAAAAUGGCUUGUGCUCUGGAGCUGCUGAUGCCUGCUCAGAUGUGAGGAACCAGAAUAAGGUGAUGCUGAGGAAAGAAGAGAGAAAUUGGACAAAGAGGAAGCUGGAUCCCAGUUCUGCCAUCUUCCCUGAAAUAGCCCCGGAAAAAUCGUUUGUGUGUUCAUAGAUUUAUCUUUUCAUCUAGGAGGUGAAAAACUGAUUUCCCUCCAAAAAAAAAAAAAAAAAAAGUUCUUCUAAGAAUGAAAGGAUAAUGGAUUUUAAAUGAUUUGUAAAUCAUAAAGCACAUCCUAAGAAUAAUGACUGCAGUGUGCCUCCUUCCCGCCUCCUUCCAUGACCACGCAUCCAUUCUAGCCUGUUGACAUAACUCAGGUUGAAGUGGUGCAGGACAGGCAAUGAGAUAAGAAGUGGAACCCUGGGGCAGCUGUGG